UGACCUUUGACCAAAAAUUCAGCUUUAGAGAGAGAAAGAGGGAGUUUUAAAGAGAGAUAUAGAGAGAGAAACAGUUUGUUUUUAGAGAGAGAAGAUCGAGCAAUCGUUUUAGAGACAAGAAGAAGAGAACGGUGGAGGAGGAUUGCGUGUUGUGCUCGCAGUUUCUCCUCCAUUUGUUGAUUUUUAGUUUGUUUUGUUGAAGAAUUGUUGAAAAGUGUUGUGAGAUCUAUAGAGGCGAGGAGUUAGGGUUACGAUUUGAUCAUACACGAUGAAUGUUAUGCGUCGGUUGAAGAGUAUCGCCUCUGGCCGUACAUCCGUUUCCGAUACUGGUGGAGAUUCAUUCAAUAAGAGGGGAAAAAAAGAAUCUGGUAGUCAGCCUGGGAGCGCUAGAGCGCCAAAGUUGACGGCAAGCAGAUCCAAUGCUUCUGCUAAACUUGGAAAAUCUGACUUUGACAAUCUACCCAAAGAAUUGUACGGGUUGAAAAUAAAAGAACAAUCUGAUGACAAGGAUUUUGAGGCGACUCUUGUAAAUGGUAGCGGUACGGAAGCAGGUCAAAUUAUCGUGACUUCAAUCGGUGGUCGAAAUGGAAAACCAAAACAGACUUUCUCAUACAUGGCAGAGCGUGUUGCUGGUACCGGUUCAUUUGGUGUCGUCUUUCAGGCCAAAUGCCUUGAAACAGGUGAAUCUGUUGCUAUAAAGAAGGUUUUACAAGACAAAAGAUACAAGAACAGAGAACUUCAGAUACUGCGUUUACUGGACCAUCCAAACGUUGUUCCGUUGAAAAACUGUUUCUAUUCAACAACCGACAAAAAUGAAGUGUACCUAAACGUUGUAUUGGAAUAUGUACCCGAAACUGUCUAUAGGAUGUCAAGGCACCAUGUUAAGAUGAACCAAAACAUGCCUACCCUAUAUGUACAGUUGUAUGCAUAUCAGAUAUGCCGUGGGCUUAAUUACAUUCACAACGUCAUUGGUGUAUGCCAUCGUGAUAUCAAGCCACAGAAUCUUUUGGUUAAUCCACAAACUCAUCAGCUAAAACUAUGUGAUUUUGGGAGUGCAAAGAUGCUGGUGCCUGGGGAGCCAAAUAUUUCAUAUAUUUGUUCUAGAUAUUACCGGGCUCCUGAAUUGAUCUUUGGAGCAACAGAAUACACCAAUGCAAUUGACAUGUGGUCUGCCGGUUGUGUUUUGGCUGAACUACUUCUUGGACAACCUCUUUUCCCUGGUGAAAGUGGUGUAGAUCAACUUGUAGAGAUAAUUAAGAUUUUGGGAACACCAACACGGGAAGAAAUCAAGUGCAUGAAUCCUCAUUACACAGAGUUCAAGUUCCCACAGAUCAAGGCUCAUCCAUGGCAUAAGAUAUUUAAAAAGAACAUGCCACCUGAAGCAACCGAUCUUGUAUCGCGCCUGCUACAGUACUCUCCAAAGCUGCGCUGCACUGCUUUGGAGGCGUGCACCCAUCCAUUCUUUGAUGACUUAAGAGACCCAACGACAACUUUGCCAGAUGGCAAACCCCUCCCUCCCCUGUUUAACUUCACACCACAAGAAAUUGCUCACGCAUCUCCUGAACUACUUCAACGGCUGAUACCUGAACAUGCCAGGCAUCAAACAACGUAAUGUGAUAGGCGUUGGGUUUUUGAGCCUUGCCCAUAAUGCUUACUCUUUCUGUCAUGUGGUGAGCUACAUUGUAACGAUGGAGAUUGGUUUAUAUCUAACUGUAACGGAACAGGAAUUAUUACAUGUAACUCCUCGCGUAUAGAUAUGGUGUAACUAAGUUCGAUUCGCAAUCAACAUAUUGUUUACAACAUGGAAAGUUUACUUCUAUUGAAUUUGAUUCAUUGUUUUCUCAUA